CAGCGAUAUGUGGUUGGAUUAUGUUAUCGUCAUACACGAGUGGCUUAGAGAUUGGUUGUUUAUGCAUUUUGUAUAUUAUUCCUGUGCUCAUUCACGUUCAGCAUCACACCCAUUCCGCCGUGCGAUUGCAUAAUAACGAUAUAACGCCACUGCAUCUUCCAAACCACAGCUAUACUGCAGACUUUAUUUUUCAACGACGUACUUAUAUCCAAACAAUAAUAAUUGUUUCUAAACUUUCCCCGCAGUACAAACGGCCUUUUAUUAUACACAAUAGUAUACUAUAUUGUUCGUUGGUCCGUCGCCGCAUUAGUUCUCGAAAAUUUGGUGUGGCAAACGCACCAAACAUUGACGAAUAGGAUCGACGCCAUUUCAGCCAUGUCAGGAUCGACGCUUAAAAGACUAUCACCCCCGUUAUACGUACUGUGGUUUGCUACAUUGCUUUUUCAAGAAACUGUAAUAACCGUUUCUGGUCAAGAGAAAACGAUCAUAUCAAACAUUGAUUCAUUAAUAGAGGAAGUGUUUCCACUGUCAUGUAAAUGCGUACCGUAUUUUUUAUGUCCGAAUAUUACGAUUGAUUCAGUUGGGACAUUUGUAUUAAACCCGAGGUUUCAAAAUAGUUUAUGUGAUAACGAAUUGGAAGUAUGUUGCUACGAUCAUGUUCCAUCGAAAGUAGUUGAGGAAAUAGUUGAUGUACCUGUAGGGCGUACGAUUUGUGGCCAUGGGAACUAUGAUAUUAUAGACAUAUUAGACACACAAAACAAUGGAUAUAAUACGAAAUUCGGCGAGUUCCCUUGGAUGAUGGCAAUUCUCAAAAUAGAUUCACAUACCCAGUCAAAAACUUACAUAAGCGGUGGAUCAUUGAUACACCCACGAGUCGUGUUGACUGCAAUCCAUGCCUUACGAGAGAAUAACCCUAGCAAUUUAUUGAUUCGAGCCGGUGAAUGGGAUUCAGCAACGCAAAACGAACCAUUACCGUACCAAGAAAGCAAAGUUUUGAAAAUAAUCAAACACGAAAAAUUCUGCUAUGACGAACUUUUAAACGACGUGGCACUGAUCAUUCUUACCCAUCCGUUCAACCUUACAGAAAAUGUGGGCACUAUUUGUCUACCUAGCCGGAAUUACGUGUUCUCUGAAGAAAGAUGCUACGUCAGCGGUUGGGGCAGAGAUAAAUUUGGUAAACUUGGCGAAUAUCAAAGCAUUUUAAAAAAAAUUGAUUUGCCAAUCGUGUCAGGUGGUCGAUGUUUAAGAGUGUUAAGAAAAUCUGGGUUGACCAAUAAUUUUAUAUUGAACAAGAGUUUUAUAUGUGCCGGUGGGGAAAAAGACAAAGAUAAUUGCCAAGGUGAUGGCGGAAGUCCUCUUAUGUGUCGACUUAAGAACAAUCCUAAACAAUAUCAUCAGGCUGGUAUCGUUGCGUGGUCACUCGGAUGUAACAAUGAGAUACCUGCCGUAUAUGUAAACGUGGCAAAUUUUAGAGAAUGGAUCGAUGAAAAAAUGGCUCAAGAAAAUUUCGAUACGAGCUUCUAUGAUCCGAAUUAUAUUCCAAACAUGUCUGCUGAUGACUUCGACUCGAGCUUGUAUAACGCGAAUGCCAAUCCACGGGUUCUUACCUCUGUCUUCUUCUGCUCUGUGGACUUUCACUUUGGAUUUAGCACACAGAAGGAUAAGCUCCAUUUAAAGUACACAAUUAUAAAAAAAAUGAUUUAUCAUCGAAUUCCGUUGAAAAUACUACCAACAGUAGUUUUGGUAAUGUUUUUAUUGGUCAAUCAACUAUUGUGCCAAAGUUUUUUGAUGAACAUGAUACAAAAAAAUAUAGGUGAAGUUUGCCGCAAAGGUGAUGGGAUAUCUUCUGACUCCAUAUGUAUGGAUAUUAAGGACUGUCAAGUUGCAAAAGAAGGACUUAAGAAAAAUAUUUAUCCUCAACAUUGCUUAUUCGACGGAUCAAAUCCAAAUCCAAUUGUUUGUUGUCUGCAAGUUCCUGCAACAAACAAAAUAAGCAAUAUUAUUAAAUCAUAUUCUUCCAUUGAAAUGUGUGAAGAAUAUUCAAAAUUAAUUUAUCGUGUUAUUGAGAAACCAGAAAUUUAUGAUGAUGAAGAAUUAUACAUAACAUUUGCAGAUUGUGUUGAUGCCGAAAUCUUAGUUACUAAUGGUACACAGACUGAACCAAAGGAGUUUCCUCACAUGGCUUUACUAGGUUAUGAUGAAAAACCAGGCAUGUAUUCAUGGUUAUGUGGAGGUUCACUGAUAAGUAAGAGAUUUGUACUAACAGCAGCCCACUGUGAAAAAUUAGGCUCUAAAGAUACAGAGAGAUUUGCAAUAUGGGCUCGCCUGGGUGAACUAGACUAUCUUUCGGACAUCGAUGAUGCCAGACCUACAGACUACAGAAUAAUAGAACGAAUAAUACAUCCAAAGUACAAUCCAGAUUCCCAUUACAAUGAUAUAGCGUUGUUUCGUUUAGAAAAAGAUGUAGGUUUCUCAUCAUAUGUACGACCCAUUUGUCUCAAUACAAAUCAUUCUUUUACACCAACAGCAGUAGUUGCUACGGGUUGGGGUAACACUGAUACAGCUUCACUUAGAAGCCCACAUUUAUUAAAAGUGCAAAUACAAACUGUUUCGGCCGAAGAGUGCAAUAAAAAUUUUUUGUAUUUGCCAAAUAGGGAGAAAAAAAUAGCACAAGGAAUCCUUAAUGACUUAAUGGUAUGUGCUGGCAAUCCGGAAGGCGGAAAUGACACUUGUCAAGGCGAUUCAGGUGGUCCUAUUCAAAUAAAACAUAAUAGUUACAAGUGCAUGUAUUCACAAAUAGGGCUAACGUCAUUUGCAGGGCCAUUUUGUGGACAAGCGAAUUCACCUGCUGUUUAUACACGAAUAUCAAAAUAUAUUUCAUGGAUUGAACAAAUUGUCUGGCCAAAAGUUUAAAAACUAAUUAUUAAUUAAAUUGUUUUAAACUCCAUUUAUAGUCAUAUUUUUAAAUUGUUUAUAGUAUCUCUGAAUUAUGUUUAUAUUUGUAUGUUUAUACUCUAAUAUUGUCUUUGCUUAUAUCGUGAUAAAUGUAUAAUUAAUAACACAGAUAUAUAGAAACUAGAAACUUUA